AUGGAGAACCCUUCCCCGCAAUCAGUCUUGGGCAAACGACCCCGAGCCGAUUCAGACCAGACACCUCAGGAGUCGUCAAAGUUGUUUCAGUGCGGUGAUUGUAGAAAGAGCUAUUCGCGUGUUGAUCAUCUUGCGAGGCAUGUUCGUCUGCAUACAAAAGAAAAGCCGUAUCUCUGUCAGACAUGCAAUAAGAGCUUUGCUAGAGCCGAUCUCUUGAAACGCCAUGUCGCUGGCCAUGAGGCUCGAGGAGAACAAUCUGCAAACUCAACAGUACCAAAUCGUCAAGGUCGUGUAAGCAAAGCAUGCGAAGCCUGUGCUGAACUGCACAUUCGCUGCGAUGAACAGAAACCAUGUACGAGAUGCAACAAANAGCAGAUUACCUGUGUCUAUCAGACAUCUCCUCCACCGCCAGAAAAGGAAGCUGUCGCUCGAGAUCUAUUGGCCUUUGCAAGCGAAUCGAUCGUUAUGCCGUCUGACAUGCCAUCCAUGAAUCCCUCAAUGGACCACUCAAUAAACACCUCGAUGACUCCCUCCAUGAACACUUCGAUGGGCCCCUUUCUGAAUCCUCCAACGAACCCCUCGAUGGACCCUCCGAUGGACCCCUCGAUGGAUCAUGACAGUACCGGCCCAUAUCAGCUCCCACCAGAGCCCAUGAUCGUAACUCACCAGGGUCCCAGUCACGUAUCAGUGCCUGCAAAUGACCACGAUGGAGGGUUUCUGCAUGACUUUCUGCAGAGUAUCAUCGGCGGAGAUCCCUUCCCUCGAGAGAUAGCACCAGGGGAACACGUAUCAGGGACCUGGACGCCACGAAACGUCUUCGAUUUUGGUGCGAACACCGAUCUUGAGUUGAACGAUCUCGAUCUCAACUUCUUAGAUGGUUAUAACCAUGAAAUACCAUUUACUUCUUUUGUCGAAACACCAGAGACAAACAGAUCUAUACCUGGAUCUGCUAGCGAGCCACCAUCAGCUCUUGGUGUUGAGUCGCUGCAGAAAUCUUCGACAUGGCGUUUCCGUCCGGUAACACAAGAUCGUGGCAUGAACGAUCAGCAAAACAUCUCUAUUCCAUCUGGGGAGACCAGCAAGCGACUGCCUGUUCAACGAAGAGUCACAUCGGAGAUGCUAUCGUACACCAUGCGUGAUCGUAUCAUGGCGCUUUUCAUGUCUUCAGCAAACGUUGAUACGCUUCAGAAGACCAUGCAAUCGUUUCCAUCGCUUGAGCUUCUUGACAGCUUGCUGCAGUACUUUCUGUCAUCCAAGACCGCGAUAUCCAACAGAAUGAUCCAUCUACCAACGUUCCGUCCCAACAACGCAAGACCAGAGUUGAUAGCAGCAAUGGUUGUGGGAGGAGCGACUCUAGCGCCAGACGUCAGCUUGAGGAAGAUGGGCUUCGCGCUGAUGGAAGUUGUUCGUCUUGGAGUCCCCCAAAAUAUCGAGAGAGACAAUACACUCAUUGGUGAUGUUGAAUGCGUCACGUCACUCUGCAUAGGGUUAGGCGCUGGCCUGUGGAGUGGUAACUCACGCAAGAUGGAGAUUGCAGAAAGUUUCCUUCAACCAUAUCUUACCAUGUGCCGCCGUAGAGGCUGGUUCCGCAGGUCGGCGUACGAAGCCAUAGUUCCAUAUCCUACAGAUGUGGGAAAGGCUCUUGAAGACAAGUGGCACUCGUGGGCUAAGCAAGAAACGCGCAAGAGGCUGGUCUUCUACCUCCUCGAGUACGAUACUCGUCAGUCGAUCGCGCUGUUCACCAAUCCACUCAUCUCGUAUGCGGAGCUCGGACUGCCACUGCCAGAAGCGGAGAGCCUCUGGCUUGCAGCAACAGCUGAGAAAUGGAAGCAAACAUACGUGUCUUUGGAUCAGCACAAACAGAGGGAGCCCUCCCUCACUGAUCUCUUGCAGGACGUCGAGCUUCUCGGCGAGGGACACGAUAUGUUUGAUGAGACGACCGCGAGCCAAGCUCUGCUCGGUGCUGCGUGGCGACUGAUCUGGGAGUACCGGCAAAUGUGCUCCAUCAGCAGAGGUCACGCUAGCUCAUGGAGUAACUCGAAGCUGCUCCUGUCAUCGCGUCUGACUGAGUUGACGAAGCUGCUUGAUUGUGUAAAAAUGAGCUCUCACACCAAUACCGCCAUGACACUAUCGUUAGAGCUGCUGCAUAUGCAUUUACAUAUCUCUCUUGAAGAGAUGCAUCUCUUCGCCGGAGCCGAAGGCCACUCGGAAGCCCGAAGAGUGUUUCCUCUACUGCAGGACUGGGCCAAGUCAUCAAGCGCACGUCAAGGCGUAUACCAUGCCGCUCAGAUUGUCGCAGCAGCUAGAAAGAUACCCACUGGAUGUUUGCGUGACUUCCCUGCGAUUGUGCUGUAUCAAGCCGGUCUAGCGCUGUGGUCUUACGGCGUGAUCUCGAACGUUGCACUGACGGAAUCUGCUCUCGACUCCAUGAGCAUGAGCAACGCAUCCACAAGGCGUGGUGAAAGCAUUGCGAUGUUGGAUGAGACCGAUAGCAACGGCGCGCAAAGGUUCAUCAACCUGAACAAAGGACAAGCUGCCAUCAAGAAAGCUGUCGGUGACCCUAGCGCCUCCCAUGUUUUAUUGUCGGAUCCUGCUGGGGUGAUGGGUGUGCUUAUGGACGUAUUUAAGAUGAACGGAAGGCCGUCAAGGUCGGCGCCACCAUUAGUGGAAAACCUGCUUGAACUCAUGGAAGGUCUGCGUCUUGCUGUCCUAGAGCCAAGCAACACUUGA